AUGAGCAGCGAAGUCCAAAAAUCAAAAAUUCACGAAAGCGUACUUGAAAACGGCGAAAUCAAACUUAUUCUCUACCGUGAGCGUAAAAGGCAACUCGAAGAGGAACUCAGACGACGCCUGCAUCGAGAAGCGAUCUACCAAGAGCUGAUCCGGUCUGAAUACCUCACCCUCCAAUCACCUUACAGAACAAGAGCUAUCGAGCCGGAUUAUUCGCCUCAACUGGCGAGCCGAUCGUUAGACAGGAGAUUCUACCGAAUGAACGCGCCUUCUUCUUCUGGUAUCGAAGCUCGUUAUUAG